UGACCACUAUCGUUUCUUGUGCCGACUUCGCUCCGCAUCGCUAUACAGUACCUAUGGAUUUACCACUCGGUAAUCUCUUCAAUCGCGCGCUGAAUACGGCGGCGAAGGCAUCUAACCUGCCUGCAAUCGAGAACGAGACGCAAAAUCUUGUACAAUCUGCGUUAACUGACUUGAACAUCGUCCGUUCUCGCGUCAGAGAUCUUGCACUCUUCAGUCCGAACGAAACACUGCAUGACAUUGCCACCAAAGAUCUCCUAUACCUCUUUGUCCCUUUUACGCUAGCAGAGGUGGAAAAUCGCGCGAGGGCGGCGGAACUAGAGGAGCGUGUAGCUCAUAUAAGCCGUGCGCAGGUGUAUCUAAAGGAGUACCUCAGCUAUCUGGAGAACUAUGAGAUUAUACCCACUCCUGAGAAGGAGCUGUACGGAAAGAAGACGAGCUCGAUGACAGAUCCUGCCAAGCGCCGUGAGCUGAAGAUCAAACAGUACCAGAAGGAAAAGGAACUGAGGGGAACGAUUGAGGCUAUGCGAAAGCGACGGUACCAGGGGAGCGGCCAGCCUUCCUCCGAUCUCGAACUCAUCGCGUCCCUCUUGCCCACGUACCCCGCUGAUGCUCACUCAGCUCUUGAAGCCGAGGACUCUGAAACGGAGGAGAUUCUUCGUACAGCUACUUCAAUGCUCUUCCGGCUGACGUAUGCACAAGCGCAGACUUCGCUAGAGAGUCUAGAGCAGGAGUAUGACCUGCUAAAGAGUAGGCCGCCUCCACCCGAACCCUCAGGCGACACACGCCAGAGGCAAGACAAAGCACAGGAACAAGAUGACAUGUGGAGACUAGACUCAGUACCUAGGGAUGGAACGGACGGAAAAGGACCCUUACUGGACCCGCAGGGGAAGCCCUUGAGACCUUUUACCAUUCUGCCGUCUGGAGCUUCGGACCGUGUACGACUGCAAGCUCAAGUGUUCCAACCAGAUCACAGGUUACCGACCAUGUCCAUCGACGAAUAUCUCGAGAUAGAACAGCAGCGGGGCAACGUCAUUACAGGCGGAGGCUCCGCGUCGGAAAGCAAGCUGACAACUUCAGAACAAUUGCAGCUUGAUUCCGAGAAGGAUGGCACCGCUUUCGGUGAGCAGAGAGCGGAAGAGAAACGACAGAAGGACGAGAAAUGGGCGCAAUACAGCGACACACACCCAAAGGGCGCGGGCAACACUAUGAAUAGAGGCUAACCUCCUUGCACACAAGAUCCAAAUGUAUAGUUGCUGUACGAUACACCGUGCCCAGGCACGACGGAGAUGCCUGAUAUACAUCCAUAAAUGCACAACACAGGAGGUCGAAUCACCGAAAUCAUCAGCGGCAACAAGGGAAUCUAAACAGCGAGGCGCAUCCCUCCUCGAGCACAUGAUGCACAUCGCCUUCCGUGAUGGCAUCUCCUACAAGCGUGGCGGUGAGUCUGAGGGCCUAGCACUGGCAUUGCGAAGCGUCCGGGACUUCGUUUGCUGGUGUCGAUGUGACAUCGAUUUCUGUGGGUAGCCGUUAAGUUGC